UGUAAAGCCGUUGAAGGAGGAAUGAAUGAAAGCAGGCUGUUGAUGGGUCCUGCAGGGAGGCAGGGAAUGUCACCCACAUGUGGGAGGACAGAUGCAGAGGAGGUCAUGGGCUCACAUCCUGGACUACUCCGUAGUUUUUUUAGAUUCCCUAUUCCUCAUGUGCAUGCAGCUGAGAGCCCCUCCACACAGACCAACAUCAUCUCUUUACCGCAACACAUAGACAAACCAGAGUUCCCAGAUACAGGAUGGGACCGUCUUAAAGAUGUUUUCUACAGGCGUGAAGGUCAGAUGUAUUCAGAGGAGAUGAGGAAUAUAGUGAAGAGUGGCAUUGGUGCAGCCUUUGUGGGGAUGAUCUAUGGAGGCCUACCUGGAGCCAGACAAGCCCGUGAGAGAUUUAUCCAAGUCAGCCAGGCUGAAAUUUACCAGAACAGAUUGGAUGCAGUGCGCUCUGCACAUAAUGCAGCGGUUCGUGGUUUUGUGCGCUUCGGCUGGAGGUGGAGCUGGAGAGUAGCAGCUUUUGUAACUUUGUUCAACACUGUCAGUACUGGGCUAAUGGUGUACAGAGACAAAAAUGCUUUGAGCCAUUUCGCUGCAGCUGGUGCCAUCACAGGAGGAAUUUUUCGGAUGAAUCUGGGAUUAAGAGGACUGGUGUCCGGUACCAUCAUAGGAGCUGGACUGGGGUUGCCAGCUGGACUCUUCAUCAUUGGUCUGCAGAAGCUCGGGGGCGAGACCUUGUGUGACAAAAGACGUCGAGAAAGGAGGGAGUUACAUGAGCUGAGAGUCGCUGAAUGGGCCGCUCGACUCAAUCUUACAGACGACUUCAUUGGAGAAAUGAGCGGGCAACAUCAGCAGACUGAAACUGACCUGAAGCGAAUAGAUGAGCUGCUAAAUCAACCUAGAAAUGAAAAAGAAGUAAAGGAUGCUGAAAGUUAAUGACAUCACAGAUUUGAGAAUAGGGGAGUGGGGUAUUUAAGCCUAAAUGACAAACAUGUAAAUAAAAACUCUUUGUUGGACUUUUUUUA